AUUAGUAAGCACGUUCUUUAUGAAUGCAGGUAGACUGCAAUGCGACAAUAAAACAUGAUGAAUGUUGAAUUCUUUUCCUCACCGUUGUAUACAAUAAUAAUACGAAAAGCAAAAUAAUGUGGGUGGAAUAAUAGAACCGUUUAAUCACAGGAAGAUAACAAAAAUACAUGACACAUGCAUGUAUCUAUACAUAUAAUUACACGUUUCUAAUAUUAAAAAAAAAUUCUUCUGAAAGUUUCCUCAAGUAUUUACUUCGAUUGAUAUUUUGUUUGUUUCAAUUUUUUUCCAUUGAAACUACAUGCCUAUACAUUGUUUUUGUUGCAAACAAUGAUUAUCUCACAGAUAUUUAUCUUGAAGAGAUAAUAAAAGAGAAAGAAUUUAUUUAAUUGGAAGAAAACAAUGACCCAUUUAUAUGUAAUUAAUUUUUUUCACAGUUUACAAGACUGCAUUGAGAGAUAGGUAGGUAAUCCAAGUUAGUGAAGUAUUAUUUACAAUCGAAGGUCAUGUGCAAAUGUGAACUCUUAUGUUAAUAGUUGGUAGUACCAACAGCAGCAAUAACAACAACAACAUAAUAAUAACAAUAACAAUAACAACAUGAGUAUUAUAGGUGCAUUUCCUUUGACUCUACUAUAAUUUACUAUACUAACUUGCAUGUAUUCAAUUGUGAUGUUUAUUUAGUCUGUUAUAUUCGUUGUGUUUAACCUACAAAAAGCAACGUGAUAUUUUUUUUCCUAUUUAUCUGAAAGAUGAUUGGUCAAUACUGUACUGGUACCAUUCUCAUUGGCAGAUUGCCACGUGCAAACAAACAUAAUAAAAUGACUAUACAGUGGUUCUUUACAUCAGCAGACUUUCACGAUCACCCCACCCUUAAGACUGUCCUCGAGAACCUGACUAAAACUGACACAUACAGCUCAUUCUAAUGCGUGAGCAGUAUCAUAUUCGUUUCAACUUCUUUAGAAGAUAGACGUGUUUUGAUUGAGCUCCACUUACUUUUCAUUUAUUAUCCAAACCAGAGAUAAUAUUUUGUUAGAUUUGAGAAAAUUAAUAAUACUCAUUUUUCUUUCUCUAACAUUCUUGUUUCUCUUAUCAUUAAAUUUUCCUUUUCCAUUGUUUUAUUCCCACCUAUUACUCACAUUGUUAUCAUUAAACUUUAAGAUAACAAAAACAAUACCUUUACCACUUAUUUCUCACCAGUAAGAAAACACAUAGUGGUUGAAAACUUUCAACGCCAUUUUAAAGUAACAAGAAAGUUUUAAAAAUAAGCAAAAAAAGAAGUUAGAUCAACACACCGGGUAUCUACAAUACUUCUUCAUUUGCACGUUAUUUUUGUGAUUGUUUUCUUUUCCUUUAGUCAAUCCACUGAAGAAAAGGAACAAACAGUGUUAAUAAACUUGAUCCAUAAAGAUUUUCUUUGUCGAAACAUUACAGCAGGCAUAUAAUUUGGUUGAAACUACGAUGGGCGUAGAAAAUAAGAUGUCAGGAAAAAAUCUCGAGAUGAGGGAAACAGCUGCACGUAUCUGUCGGGAUUAUCUUCAUGGUGUUUGGAAACGUGUUACUGCGGAGAACAUUACCUUAAAACGUAUCAGCGGAGGCCUGAGUAAUUGGCUUUACAAUGUUCAGCUGCCAGACGGUGCUGUACCAAUACGCGGUGAACCGCGUCAAGUUUUAUUACGAUUGUACGGUCAAGUACAUGGGGAAAGGGCGUUGGAGGGACUAAUCACCGAAUCCGUCAUCUUCACGCUACUUUCAGAAAGGCGACUUGGCCCUAAAUUGCACGGUAUAUUUCCCGGUGGACGUAUCGAAGAAUAUAUACCAGCUAGACCUUUGUUAACCAAAGAAUUGUCCGAUCCAACCUUGAGCACAAUGAUAGGUGAAAAAAUGGGACAAAUACAUAUGAUGCAAGUACCGAUCAGUAAAGAACCUACUUGGUUAUGGGAUACCAUGGCUAAAUGGCUUGCCACAGCAACAGAUAUUUUAGAAACUGUUGAUGAAGUAGAUCCGCGUCAACACGACAACGUUUAUACUUUGAGAUCAUUCGAUCUCGAGACGGAAAUCAAUUGGUUCAGAGACCUUGUUGCUCGAGGAAAAUAUCCAGUAGUAUUUUGUCACAACGAUAUGCAAGAGGGUAAUAUCCUUCUACGACAAAACUCGCGGAAGACCGAGUUAGUUGUUAUCGACUUUGAAUAUUGUUCCUACAACUACAGAGGCUUCGAUAUCGCCAAUCAUUUCAUCGAAUGGCAGUACGAUUACACGGAAGGGAAUUAUCCAUUCUUCCACGAACGAACUGGUUGUGGGCCUACUCAAGAGCAGAAGCUCAAUUUUAUCAAGAGUUACUUGAGAACAGUCCAGAAAGAAUCUCAGACGGAAGAAGAACGUAUUAUGAUGGAAAUUAAAAUAUUUUCUUUAGCCAGUCAUCUGUUUUGGGGUCUCUGGAGUAUUGUCAAUGCCAAAUUAUCUGAAAUACCAUUUGGAUAUUGGGAUUAUGCGGUAUGCAGGCUAAAGAAUUAUCAAUGUUUAAAAGAAAAAUUUGUAAUGUCAGAACAAUCAACGUUGCACGACAUUAACAGGAGAAAAGUAACCGACACCGAUUGAAAUAAUAAUAAAAUAAUCAUUAUUAUCAUCAACGAGUGAAACUCUCUCCUCCCUUAAAUGGGAAAUUUCAUUUAUUUUUAUCAGCCUUAGACGUUAAUGAUAAAAAAAAAAACAAACAAACAUCAACAUUAAAACAAAAACAUGUAUAAAAAAGUAUUAAUAAUGGCUGAUAAUAGUAUUAUUAGAAAAGAAUUUGGAAAUAUCAUUGGUAGAAAUGAUCGACAUACAACUAAGGACGCGAAUCUUUCCAUUUUGACAUAUUUUUCAUAUAAAAUAAAAAAUAAAAACAAAACAUAAAUAGGAGAAAGAAUUUACGAUGGAAAGAUGUGAUAUAGAAAUAAAUAAAUCGCUAGAUAUUGUAAUCUUUUUGAGAAAAGAUUUAUUAAGGGGAGUAUUUAGAAUGUGAUCAAAAGAGGAAUAGAACAAAAUUCACUCUUACGAGUUGUAAGAAACGAAGAAAGAUUGUGUAAUAGUUGAAGAAUAGUAAAAGUUUAUGAUAGAAAUAUAUUUCUAUCACAAGUGUGCAGAAAAAAAAAGGGUCAUCACAAAUAUUUGAUAAAUAUGUGUCUUAAUUGUUUACAAUGUGAAAGUGAACUUGCCUGCAAUUAAUUGCACUGUACUUAAUCGAACUUAGAUAAUACACGAAUUUACGUUUAUUUUUACAUAAAAUAAAAACAAGAAGAAGAAGAAGAAGAAGAAGA